CCCAGAAACAACUUGAUCAAUAAACUUUCAACGCCCCUAAAACACCCCAUAAACACCCCAUCACACAGCACCCAUGGCAUCCACGUUCUGGGCCCUUGAUGCGGCACGUCGACGCCGUACAGAGCCUGUUCCCGGGACCUCGAAAUGGGUGGCGAACGAAUUGUACACCGUGAAUGCUAGUGUUCUUUCCAAUGCUGAACGCUUCGCUCACAACAUGAGUGAAGACUACCAUAUGUUGAAUGGGUUUAUGAAGAGUGUCGUGAACGGAGACGCCGUUAAGGAGUAUCCGAUCUACGAGGAGAUACCCGCUGUGCCUGAAGAGAUCAUCGAAGACAAAGUUGUGCCAACGUUUCCUGCAACGACAAGAGAUCAUCAGGAGGAUCAUCAAGAUUUAUAUCAAAACACAAACAACUCAGACCAUCAUAAAGUCAGUUCAACCCCACUCAACAAACUUGCUCCGCCUACCCCGACUAGAGAGUACAAGGAAGUGAAAGACACAUCGACUUCUUCACCAACACCUACGCGUGAAAGUGACGCUGCAUCAAACUUUACCUUCAUCAACCCGGUCCAAGAUCAACCAGACAAAGAUGAUUCAUUCCAAGCCAUUAGAACUGCAAUCAGAAAGAGUAUAGCCGGUAAGUCUCGACAUAUUUCUCCCCAGGGAUCUCCCACCACCCCGAAACGUAGGUCUGUGUUUGCUCUGUUACCGGUUAGAGAACCCAUUGCUACCUUGGUUGAUAGAGAACUAGAGCAAAAGACUAGAAAUGUAUCAGCACCAGUAAUGGUGAAUGAUAAAGAAUCAGCCCCAUUGAGAAGUGCGUCCGUAAAACUUCCAAUAGGUGGUAGACAACCAACUUCUGAAGACAUCUCUAAGACGAAACAAAUCAUUCCAACAUCAGAUGAGAUGGCAAAUACUUCCUACGAUACAACUACAAUCAUUCACAAGCCAAAGGUAAGUGCUAGUCUUGCAAGGAAAUCUGCCUUAGCCACUGAAUUCAUGGGUCUAUCAAAUCCUACCACUGAUUUGCUCAAAACGCCAAAAUCAUCAUUUGAAAGUUUGACGUCAGAUUCACACACGAAUAUUCCAAGACGUCCCACUUUGGCAGUUAGUGAUCUUCAGUCAGUUGCCCAGUCUAAUACACAAUCCAAGGGGAAUGAUACCACAUCUAUUCCAAAGGAACUGUCGAACGUACUCCCACCGACAACUGCAUCGCCAUUAUCCCCACGUCCAUUAAAUUCAAACUAUAUACGCCAAAGCAUGAAAAGAAGGUCUUCUUUAAGAUUUCCUAUGAACUUUGACGGCGAUGUUGGUUCUGAUAUUCAAGGGGAACAAUUUAAGCGAGCUGAGCAAGCUCAAGAAGUGGAACAAGUGGAACAAGUGGAACAAGCUGAAGAAACGGAUCAAGCCAAGCAAGUUGAAGAAGUGGAACAAGUUAAGCAAGCUAAGGAAGUUGAACAAUCUGAACAAGUCAAGCAAAUUGAACAAGUGGAACAAGUGGAACAAGUUAAACAAGUCAAGCAAGUGCUGGAAGUAAAUGAUAAUGUGGCAUUCGAGAAACCAACUGAAGCUAAACAGUCUAAAGAAGUUGAAAAACUGGAAACUAAACAAACAGCCGAAUUUAUUAAACUCGAGAACCAAAAAAUCGAGAAAACUAAAACCCCAAAACAGCCUUUUGGACAUUCUACCGAUGCUAUUCCAAGUCGAAUCACUUCCAAUCCGUUGAGAUCCGUGGAACCUACCAUUCCAGCUUCUAAUAAAGAGAUACGAGUUACUUCAGCUCCUACUAUCAUGCCAAAUUUGCCACCUUUUACAAAUCUGUCCCAAAUUCCUAAUGUUCCUAGCAAAACUCGAAUUCCGAUAUCCGCAUCUGAUGCUGCUUCUGCUUUUAACACUGCAUCCUCUGCAUCUACUUCUAGACGUGUCACAGCACACAAUAAUACUAAUACUGCUACUAAUACAAAUACUAAUUCUGAACCAUCUAUUGUGAAACGCGAGCCGCCCAAAUCCACCCAUGACCACCAUAUUAUCACAGACACCAUCCCAUCAACGGUUGAAGUAUCAUACCCACCAAUAUCUAUAAAUUCAAACAAUUCCACCCCUGAGAAGCCAUCUACGAAACCAAAACAAUCAAGUCCUACAGUAGCCACAGAUUCUGGAAUUUAUGGUCUUCCAGGAUCUGUGCUCAGAAGGGCUAGGAAUUUGUUUCUUAGCAGUGAUAAGAUGCCAGUCCCAUCACUCAAGCCGAAUUUUAGCGGAUCUCCAAAGGCAGUUUCGAAAUCUAAUCCUCAAUCGCGUUCCAGAUCACGUUCUAGAUCUCCAGUACAUCUCGAAUCAUCUCCAAAAUCAUCUUCCGAAUCACCCCAAAAGGCUGUAAAGCAAUCAGAUCUUAUUAAUAGGCUUAUGGCGCCUACAUCAGCUAGUGCAGCCAAGACAAAUGCAUCUUUGAAACGGUUGCAGAGAGACCAUAGUGGUGUUAAGAAUAAAUUACUUACAGCUACAUUGAAUCCCACACGUCCUCCAAAGUUCAGUCCCAACAAGAAUAGAUACGGUACUUUAAGACAACAAGUUUCUAAUCGACCAAUCCAAUCUCCGAUAAAACGAGUGAACUUAGAAAGAGAAACUUCUCCUCAGAAACAACAUCUGACACCACAACCACCACUUCAAGCCCAACCACAGUUACUGAAAGUGACUGCUACCCAGCCAUUACGGACUCGUACCAUGCAACCAGCUAAGCAAAAGAUUAUGAUUUCACAUAUGAAGCUCCCUCAACUUAGAAAGUCGCUCAAGCCUGAUAUUGAAGAAGAUUUGAGUAUUAAAAGACGGAAGACUGAAAAGCAAACUCUUCGUACUACCACGGCCAGUCCAAGUAGACAUGUGUUGGAAAAACCAAGCAGAGUAUCAAAUGCUACCAAGACUCCAAAUGGUUCAAAGCAAUAUAGACAAGACUCCAAUCCUUAUAAGACUCCAGCACGAAGUAGUAAAUCGCUGAUGGCACCACUUCUUCCUGAAAUCCUUACCGAUGAGGAAGACAACAGAGAGAAACGAAUUCUUGAAGACUGGGCUGAAACCCCUCAAUUGAAGAAAGUAUUGCUUCAACAACAAAGUGUGAAUCCAGAUUUGAUAUUUGGAGAGAUCCCACCGAUGAAUAUUGAUGAUAUUUUCGAGUCACAAGCUUCUAGACAAAGAGGUAGAGCCUCCCUGUCCAAUUGGUCCCCGCAGGGGAAAUAGCGCGAGAGUACAUAACC